AUGGCCUCGUUCAUCACCACCAUGUCUGUCCCCACUACUCCUGCCCCUGUUCAUUUGCCCACUAUCGCGGAGCCCGCGGCGCCCUCGCCGUCCGGCACCCCCUCCAUCACCAUUAGCCCUUCCGCAUACCAAACCACCCGUACCUCCCAUGUCCCGGCCUUGGAACCCCCUCUCUAUCUGUCCCCCAAUGCUCGCACACGAGCCCCCUUCAAGCCGCGGUCCGCCGCCAAAGGCACCAGCAGCUACCAGCUACGACAGUUUGCCGAAGCCACGCUGGGAAGUGGCAGUUUGCGCAAGGCUGUAAAACUCCCGGAAGGAGAGGACUUAAAUGAGUGGCUCGCAGUCAACGUGGUCGAUUUCUACAACCAAAUUAACCUCCUUUAUGGCUCGAUCACCGAAUUCUGCUCGCCGCAGUCAUGUCCUGAGAUGAAAGCGACAGAUGAGUUCGAGUACCUCUGGCAGGACUCAGAGAAUUAUCGGCGCCCAACCAAGAUGAAUGCCCCGGAAUAUAUCGAGCACCUGAUGAGCUGGGUGCAGGGAAACAUCGACAACGAGCAAAUGUUCCCCAGCCGUAUUGGUAUCCCAUUCCCCAAGACCUUCCCUAGUCUCCUCCGCCAGCUCUUCAAACGUCUGUACCGCGUCUACGCCCAUAUUUACUGCCACCACUACCCGGUGGUAGUCCACCUUGGCCUCGAGCCACACCUGAACACCAGUUUUAAACACUAUGUGCUGUUCAUUGAUGAGCACCGACUGGCCAGUGGGAAAGACUAUUGGGGGCCUCUGGGUGAUUUGGUCGAUAGCAUGUUGCGCAGUGAUUAA